GCGAUUCAAUCUCUUCGAUUCAAUUCAAACUGCAAGAAAUUGGAGAGAAACGCAACGCAGAAACUCAUUUUCGUCUUGUCGAGGAACUGGCUGCAACUCUGUUCCAUCACACCUCUCGAGAUAAUCCAAUCCACCACCAUCAAAUCCCAAUCUCCGACGCCACCGCGACAUGCCAGUCUUUAAGGUUCCCUUCAACGGGUACUCCGUCAAAUUCAGCCCAUUCUACGAGAACCAGCUCGCAGUCGCUACCGCUCAGAACUUCGGCAUACUCGGCAACGGCCGUCUUCACGUCCUCCAGCUCGGACCCGCCGUCACAGAACGCGCGGCCUUUGAUACCGCCGACGGCGUCUACGACCUCUGCUGGUCGGAAUCUCACGACUCGCUCAUCGUCGCAGCCGUCGCCGAUGGCUCUCUCAAGAUCUACGACUUGUCCUUGCCGCCGGCCUCCAAUCCCAUCCGGUCGCUCCAUGAGCACGCCCGUGAGUGUCACGGCGUCGACUUCAAUACUGUUCGCAAGGACUCAUUUUUGAGCGCAUCCUGGGACGAUACUGUCAAAUUGUGGACUGUGGAUAGACCGGCAAGCGUAAGGACUUUUAAGGAGCACGCUUAUUGUGUGUACUCCGCCGCGUGGAAUCCAAGGCAUGCCGAUGUUUUCGCUUCAGCUUCCGGGGAUUGCACCACCCGCAUUUGGGAUGUGCGUGAACCAGGGUCUACCAUGAUUCUUCCUGCCCAUGAAUUUGAAAUCCUGUCAUGUGACUGGAAUAAAUAUGAUGAUUGCAUAAUUGCAACUGCAUCUGUUGAUAAAUCAAUUAAAGUUUGGGAUGUGAGGAGUUACAGAGUGCCAGUGGCUGUGCUUAAUGGGCAUGGUUAUGCGGUGAGGAAGGUGAAAUUCUCUCCUCACAGAGGGAGUCUGAUGGCAUCUUGUUCAUAUGAUAUGACUGUGUGUUUGUGGGAUUAUAUGGUCGAAGAUGCUCUUAUUGGGAGGUAUGAUCACCACACAGAGUUUGCAGUUGGUGUUGACAUGAGUGUGUUUGUCGACGGGCUUUUGGCGAGCACUGGAUGGGAUGAGCUUGUUUAUGUUUGGCAGCAUGGAACUGACCCAAGGGCACCUUGACAUCUUCAGGAGUUCUACUUUUUCUUCUUGUUCUUGUUCAAUUGUAUACAAAACAGAUAAGAAGGGUCUCAUCUCAUCAAUCCUAUAGUUGCUGCUACACUAUUAGAUUCAAAGUUGUACUAUCAAGCAUGAUGGUUAAGAACAAAUUGAUAAACUCGCAUGUUGAAUAAUGGAGACCCAACAUAUUGAAAUGUAUGGUCACUUGUCCUUGAGCACUGACAUUUUCUUUUGAUUCUUAUUUACUGAAUGUAAUUAUUUUUCAUGGUGAUAUGAAAUUUAGAGGGCACCAAAGGAGUUGUCUUUUUCUAUUUCCACUUUGAGAAGCAAAAGUUUGUAGCAAUUUUUUGUUCUCGCAGUUGUAUUAUUUUGCUUAAUUGUUUUAACGUAUUUCGUAGAAAGAUGACACUAUGACCGGAUGACAAUUACCUAAUCCUUCUGAAGAACGUCCACCAGAUAAAGUACAUUAGAGUUACAUCUUGCAAGUGCAGCAUCGGCUUUGUGCUUUCAGCAUGAUACCGAGGUUGUGGUUGAUGUUGGGAAGAUGGUUUUGUGUCAUUGAUAUUCUUGUGGCCCUUGUCCGUACAGAAUGUAUUAUAUGCAGAUUCAUAAAGUUGUACAAGGCACACGUUCAUCAAAAGUAUCACUUGGGGAAAAUCUUUCCUGCGUUGUUCAGAUACAAGUUUGCUCAACUUCACCCCCUAGAAUUGCAUCUGAUCUUAGUCUGUAUAUCCUCGCUCGAGAAACUGCUCAUCUUUGCUUACAA